AUGAACGAUCUUGACGCUGAUGCGGCAAAGCGAUCGGGCGAAGAGUCCACAGAUGCCGUAAUCAAAAGGCCGAAACCGGAUGCUGAAACCAAGAGUCCAUCAGACGCUUCGAAGACUCUGUCCAAAGAUACUACUACCCUCUCCACUGAUCAACAGGGUCUAUCUGCGCCAUGGAGUGUUGAAAUGAAACAGGCGAGCUCCGAGGCUGAUUUUAGCUCGCCUAGCGGCGACCUUGAGGCUUCUGGGCAAGCACUAAACCGUGACAUAUCAGACUCUGAGAGCAACGGAUAUAGCGAUGGUUUAAGUGACGAAGAAAGCAUAUUGGACGAAAUAUCGUUCGCGUCAGAAGACGGAUCUACGGCAUUGGAGGCCCGAGAACGGUGCUCAGCAGCGCGUGCUUACUUGAAGACGGAAGGUUACAGAAAAUUCAUUAGCGAAUACAUAGGUGAGGUUGCAGACUCGAACCGUUUCUUUGAGCUGACCAAAGAACUGGGAUUCAUACCGAAACACGCGCCAGAUCUGGAUAAUGAUGAGGAUGUGCUAAUCGGACUGUCCACCCAAUAUUUGCAACUGGCCAUGUCGAAAGUGCUAUCAGCGCGGAGGAGAAUCCCGUCAUACAAUACCAUAGAGCAGUUUGUGGAGACUUUAGAAAAGGCCCAGAACGUGCUGGUUCUCACUGGAGCAGGAAUAAGCACCUCACUUGGAAUUCCUGACUUCAGAUCAUCACAGGGGUUUUAUUCCCAACUCGAGCACCUGGGACUGACUGAUCCCCAAGAGGUGUUUGAUAUCGACUUCUUCCGUGAAGAUCCUUCCAUAUUUUACUCAAUUGCAAAGAUGAUACUCCCUCCAGACCACUCUUUUACUCCAAUGCAUGGAUUCAUCAAAUUGCUCGAGCAAAAAGGAAAACUGCUGAGAAACUAUACCCAAAACAUCGAUAACUUGGAAGCUAAUGCAGGUAUCUCGACUGAGAAAGUCGUCCAGUGCCAUGGCUCAUUCGCGAGCGCUACAUGUGUCACGUGUGGAUAUAAAACACCUGGUGAAAAUCUCUAUGCAGAUAUAAGGAGUUCGCGAGUUCCUAUUUGCCCGUUGUGUUCCAAGAAGAGGGCCGAGAUCAUGAAGGCAUUGGAGGCUGAAGACGGACCCAUGAGCUAUGUUCCGUAUGCCGAAAGCUACGGCGUGAUGAAACCUGAUAUCACGUUUUUUGGUGAGGCGUUGCCCUCUAGAUUCAAGAACUGCAUCAGAGAAGACAUGUCUAAGUGCGAUCUGUUGAUCUGUGUGGGUACUUCAUUGAAGGUGGCUCCUGUGAGUGAGGUGGUGAACUUGAUACCGAGCCAUGUUCCGCAGGUUUUGAUCAAUAAGUACCCAGUGAAACAUUAUGAGUUUGAUGUAAGCAUUUUGGGGUUUUGCGAUCCGGUUAUAGCUCAUAUUUGCAAUAAGCUAGGAUGGAGCAUUGAGCAUGAGGAUUAUGAGAGGAUCAGAAAUGAUGCUUUGGAGGUUGAGAAUUUGGAUCUGGGUGUGUUUGAGCUUUCUGGAAAAGAUGAGCUGGAGGAAAAGAAAAAGGAAGAAGCAGAAGAGAAAGAAGUAGAAGCAAAGAAGGUCGUUGACUCCAAGCAACUCGCACAGGAGGUUAAUGAAAGUAGUGAAAGUGUUGAAUCGAAAUGA